AUAUUUUUCUCCGCCUCCACCUUAAGUCUUCAGACCUAAUGUCUGAUGCAUCUUCAAGUUUCCAUAGCAAGGUGCUAUUUGAUCCACAGUCAUUUACUUUGGAUACUGAGAUAGAAGAAUUUUGUACAGAGGGAAAAGAAGAGAGUGACACAAGCUCAGUUGUAUUACAUCCAGCGCCAUCAGGUGAGGAAGCAAGAAAUGAAUAUUCUAACCCGAAUCAGAAAGACUGGGUUGAAACCCAUUCUCGUCUAUACAGAUCAAAAUCUUUUGUUCCUAAAGUAAAUCUUGGUACCAAUCAACUUCAAAGACCUUCUGGUAUUGCUGUAUCUCCUUGGUCUGAUGAAGUGUUCGUUGUUAUCAUGGACAACCACCGCGUCGCCGUAUUUGAUAUUAACACUGGGAAGUAUCUACGAUUUUUUGGGAGAAGAGGACAUAAACCUGGUGAGUUUCUCUGUCCAUUUGGUGUUGCUUUGUCACAGACAGAACAAACGAUCUUGGUCACAGAUAAAUGGAAGCACUGCAUCCACGUGUUUAGAAAAGAUGGAAAGUUCCAGAAGCAGAUCGGUAUAAAAGGGAGGUCUUCUGGACACUUUAGGAGUCCUGAGUCUAUAGCUGUCGACCAGUAUGGCACAAUCUAUGUCUGUGAUACUUGCAACGACCGGAUUCAAGUUUUCGAUAAAGAGGGCGCCUUUGUACGCGAGAUGGGUGUGAAAUCUCUUACCGAGGGUGAUAGUGUUCGACAGCGCAGCAUGUUCCACCAGCCAACGGGGAUUGCUGUUACUCCUGAUGGACAAAGAGUGGUCGUCUCUGAUUUUGGCAAUCACAGGAUACACGUUUUCUCUUCCGAUGGAGACUUGUUGUUCACAUUUGGCCAGAAGGGUACUCAGCGCGGACAGUUCAUCCACCCAGAGUGUGUGGCCGUAGAUAAGAAAGGGUUCGUCUUUGUUGGAGACAGUGGAAACGGGCGAGUUCAAAUAUGUCGACCAGAUGGACGAUUUAUCCGCUCGUUUGGUAGUAAAGGUUCUCACAGCGGACAGUUCAGUUGGAUUUCCGGAAUCGCAGUCACAGAUAAUUAUGACAUUAUAGUCACCGACUUCAAGAAUCACUGCGUCCAAAUAUUUUAGUACAGACGGGGAUCAAUAUAUAAUUGUUAUUAACCUAGAACUUUCAAACAGGUUUUUUCAUAUAAUUAAACUCAGGCAGGUUUUGGAAUGUUAAAUCAUGUAUUAAGAAGAAGCGUUAGGUCGGGAAUGUCAAGAUGGCUUCAACUCUUAUCGUGAUGACAUAACUUUAAUUCUUUAAAACAUGUAUCAACUUAUAUACAAGAGUUUUCAUCUUCAUUUGUUUAAGUCGCUGUUGCUGUAUAAGAUAGAGAACCUGAAUGUUUUUAUCGUUACUGAUAACACUGUAUUAAAUUAAAGACUAUUAAAACACAAGUC